CAAGGCCAUUUUGUUGAGUUUGAAUGGUUAUGACAAUUGCUGAUUUCAACAAAUGAAAGUUUUGCAUUAUCUGAAUGUUGUUAAUUUGUAUUGACUGCCCUCCAUGUAGUGUCUCUUUUGAUUCCACAGACUCAUUUGUAGCUUGUAACAGGUGGGGUGUGCCUGUUUAUACGGCAGGAACUGACGUUAAACCUUCUGAAAUUGCAAGGCAAGGUUUAGAAGAGGCCAAAAAGAAGAACAUUGAUGUAGUGAUAAUGGAUACAGCAGGAAGAAUUCAGAUAGAUAAAGCAAUGAUGGAUGAGUUAAGGAAAGUGAAGCUGGUGUUGAAUCCUAUAGAAGUUUUGCUUGUUGCGGAUGCAAUACUUGGCCAAGAAGCUGCAUGUACUUAAACUUCCAAUUCUAGUUUUAUGUCAUUUUUAUAACGAAAAAGUGUUUUAUAGUUUAAAUUAUAAAACGGUAAACUCUUUUCAUAAAAUUUAAAUACUUAAUUUUGACAAAGUUAGAUGGGGAUUCCAGAGGUGGUGCAGCUUUGAGUGUUCUGGAUUUUCUUCAAAUUUGUGUUAUCUGAAGGUCCUCUUCUUGGUGAAGUUGUUAUUAUAAAUCCUAUUCUCCUUG